ACUUGUUCAGAAAGAAAAGAAACAGAGAGAGAGAGAGAAUGGAGAGAAGGAUUAUGCUCGCCGGCCACCUACCUUCCGAUUUCCCAACGCCGGACACCUCCGAGAAGGUGUUCAUCCGCCCCAAAGUCCUCCUCAACAUGCUCAAGCAUGCAAGAGCUGGCGUUCCUAUGGAGGUGAUGGGGUUGUUGCUCGGAGAGUUUCCCGACGAGUACAGAAUCGACGUCGUCGACACCAUUAAAAUGCCGCAGAGUGGUACCGCCGUUAGUGUGGAAGCCGUAGAUGACGCCUUCCAGACUAAGAUGCUCGACAUGGUUAAGCAGACUGGACGGGCAGAGCAGGUUGUAGGGUGGUACCAUUUGUUGGAAAAAUGGCUCACAUUAAGUAUGCAAGUGAAGGAGGAAGCGACCGGUUGUGAUUCAUCCAUCCUUGUGUUUGUCAUAAAGUCCAUCAACAACAAGAUCAUUAGGGGAGUGAGUGAAAGUGUUUGUCCAUUUUCACAACACCAUUCACAUCCUGGGUUUGGCUGCUGGUUAUCUUCUGUGGAUAUGAACACCCAACAGAGCUUUGAAGCUUUGCAUCCGCGUGCGGUAGCGGUGGUGGUGGAUCCAAUAAAAGUGGUGAUUGAUGCCUUCCGGAGGAAUGAACUUGAGGAGAAAAUGCUGCUUAGCCUUCGUCAGAAGAAGAAAUUGACUGAUGGGCUGAUGCUCAAGCCAUUUGAUGUCCAUUCAAAAACAAAUGAGCAAACUAUUCAGGAAAUGUCAACCUUGGCUAUGCAAUACAUCACCGCAGUGCAGGAGGAAUACGAGGAGGAAGAUGAACCAGAGAAGCUUGCAAUUGCUAAGGUGGGAAGGAAAGAUGCCAAGAAACACCUUGAGCAACUUGUCUCCAACUUGAUGUCCUCAAACAUAGGCCAGACUUUUGGAGCAAUGCUUGAUACUGUUGUCUUCUAGAUUUAGUGUGUUGUUGUCUUCUAGAUUGAGUAUGUUCCUUUUAUCUUCUGAGACAGAUAGAAACUGUAAUUUAUUUAUGUGCUGAGAAUGACAUUAAAUAGCAAACUACAUUUGCUUAUCUGGAAAA